AUGAACCAAGUUCCCUUUGACAAGAUCUUUCAACUUGUAAAUAGCCGUUUCUAUCCAUCCUUUGCUUUCAAAGUAGACAGAUUUGUGGGACGCAGAAGAGUUAGUUUUCUGAGUUUCAAUGCUCUUGACCUCUUCAAAGGGAUUGCACGUCUCUUUGUCGCGACCCUUGACUACAAGAAUAACCUGAACAUCAUCAACAAGUACCAUUCUAUCCAAGGUGAACCCAAACUCACUUUUGUGUCUCUGAACAAAAGAGUCAGCAGCAUCGUAGUGCUCAUUCUUGGGGAUAAGCAAGUGGGUAUCGGAACCAACAUAUCUCAUAUUCAACAUGACUUGAACGCUGGUCUCAAAUUCUACCAAAUUUUGCAGCUCGUAGUCCUUAUACGCAUCGUUCACCAACCCUUCCACAGUCCUGUCAAUCAAGGCAUAAUUAUCUUCAGAAAUAGGCACAAGUGA